GCGAUAGAGCUAUUAGCUCGGCGCUGCAGACAUCAUUACGAGGAGAGACGAUUCCAUCGUCAGCGCAGGAGCAGAGCAGGGGAGCCCUGGCAACAAGGAGAGGCACAGUCACCAGCCCAUUACACCUUACAGGAAUGGUGAGGACACCUGGAGACAGACAGACACGGACAGAUAGAGCAGGAAUUUUGGACGGUCCCCUCCUAUUGGCGGAGAGCUUCAGAAGACCCACCUCUGACUGCAGCCCUGGUUGGUCACCUGUCUUCAACUGAACAGGCUCCGCCCACUUGGCCUGGGCCGUACCGCCUCCACUACCCUGGUUCCCGCUGCGCUCCAGGAGGCUUGUGCUCAGAGGGAAAUGAUUCCACAUGAAGUGUGCGCCCGCUGCUUCCUCUCCUUCUCCUCCUCCUCCUCCUCCUCCUCCUCCUCCUCCUUCAUCUCGGCCCGCCGGCGUCACUCGCUCCUCCUCCUCCCCCUGAGAGCCCCGUCCUCCGACAGACGCUGAGGCCAGGACAGGACACACCUCCACCCCCAACCCACGCCCCCACCUCCAACCCCUCCACCCCUCUAAGGCCCUUCAUCUCCUUAUCCUUCUACCCAGGGAAACCGGUCGGCUCUUUACCCUAACCCCCCCCGCCCCCCCACCCCCAUCCCCCCCCGCCCCCGGCAAGCCUCCCUUUGACCGAGGGAGAUAGAGAGAAAGUAAAAGAGAGGGGGUGGAAAGAAAGGAAGAGACACAGAUAAGUGGGACAGGGAAAUUCUGUCCGUUUGAGAGAGAGAGAGAUAAAGACAGAGUGAGAAAGAGAGCGAGAGAGAAAGGAUAUAUAGAGUGACGAAACGAAAUGUAAAAAAAGUUACAUUUGAAAGUCUGGGAAAGUCCGAAAGUAUUGAGUGUGUGAAAAGACAGAAAUACAGAGAGAGAGAGAGAGAGAGAGAGAGAGAGAGAGGGAGGUUAAGCUCCAGCAAGACAGACACAGCAGGCGUGUAGACAGACAAAACAGAACGUCCACACAGGAUGAAGUCCAACCAGGAGCGCAGCAACGAAUGUCUGCCGCCCAAGAAAAGAGACCUGGCCUGCACCUUGCCCUCCGAGGAGCAGCGCCCCCUAGCAACGGCGCCCGGCUGCGACGGCCAGCGCAGCGAGAACCUGGCCUGGUUCGCUAGCGUGGCGAGCGGACACAACAGCAGGCAUGAGGGCGAAGGGCAGCGAGCCGGAAACUCGGACGGCCCCCUGUACAAGCCGCUGGUGCCGGCGCUGACGGACGCCUCGGCGUCGUCCCGGGCGGCCGUCUCCUCGCUGUCGACCAUCUACACCUCCCCGCUCUCCCAGCACGCCGCGGGAGGGGGCGGGACCAUACACUACACGCACCUGCCGUCCAGCCUGCAGUUCGUGUCCCCGCCCUACGCCCCCGCGGCCCACGGCCCGUACGCCGGCUACAUCUCCUCCCAGCUCCUCCCCCCGCCGCCCCCUCCCCCGCCCUUCGCCCCCGCGCCCUCCUCCCACAGACUGCCCGAGUCGCCCUCGUACCCCUCCCCCGCCCUCUCCUCCAAGAUGGACCAGCCCCGCUCGGCCGGCCGGGCCGCCCCCGCGUCCGAGUCCCCGGGCCCCCAGCAGUACGUCCAGGUGUCCGGCUCGCCCCUCAGCGUGACGCCGCGCACCGCCCCCUCGUCCCACGGGGGUCCCGUGCCCCUGCACCCCCACCACGCGCUGGCCCUGAGCGGGCAGAUGCUAGUGCAGUACGCCGACGGGGCCCCCAGGAAGGAGGAGGGGCUCUCCAGACCCCGGGAGCUGCUCAACGGGGAUCUGGAGAAGGGCGCCCGGCGGUUUGAAUCGGGCAAGCUCGGAAGCAAAGGCAACUCCACCUCCUCGUCCUCGUCCUCCUCCUCUUCCUCCCCCCACUUCCACCAGCAGAGCACCCAUCACUACGAGGCACGACACAUCGUCCUGCCCUCGGACUUCACCACCCAGGAUCCCUCAGGGCUACGGACCUCUCUGAUGCUGGUGCCCAACAGUCACGCGGCCGACGACCACCCCCACCAUCACUCCCCCCACCACCUCCACCACCGCCCCCAUCACCACGCCGCCGGGAGCCCCGACAAGCUGCCCGGCUCCGGCGCCCACCAAGAGAAGGGGGGCAUCGUGCUGGGCAAGCCCGUCACGCGGGCCCCCUCCUCCUUCACUUUCCCCCCUCCGCUGAGCGUGGAGAGCCUGAAGGCGGCGGUGGGCGCGCUGUCGCCCCACACCGUCAUCCAGACCACCCACAACGCCACGGAGGCCCUCUCCAUGGGCCUCCCAUCCACCACGUUCUACCCUCAGCCGUCCAUCAUCGGCUACAUCGCCGGCGGGGGCGGCGGCCAGCAGCAGCCCAUGGGCUACCACACCGGCCUGGGCCAGCACCUCCUCCUCCCCGGCGCCCAGCCCGUCAUCAUCCCCGUCAGCGGGGGGGGGGUGGCCAGCCUGGAGGCGGCGGGGGCCUCCGCCACCUUCCCCGCCCACACGUACGUCGCCUCCGCCCCCAAGGGCGAGCCCUUCGAGGGCGCCGCCCCGCACUUCGCGCACCCGGCGGCGGUCGUCCAGGCCCAGCUCCACCUCCCCGUCGUCCACGCCCCCCCGGGCCUCCUGGCCACGCCUCCUGCGGCGGCCCCCCCGCCCUCGCUGCCCCCCUACUUCGUCAAGGGCUCCAUCAUCCAGCUGGCGGACGGGGAGCUGAAGCGGGUGGAGGACCUGAAGACGGAGGACUUCAUCCAGAGCGCCGAGAUCAGCAGCGAGCUGAAGAUCGACUCGUCCACCGUGGAGCGCAUCGACGGCAGCCCCACGCCCAACUUCGCCGUCGUCCAGUUCUCCGUCGGGGAGCACCGCGCUCAGGUGAGCGUGGAGGUCUUGGCGGAGUACCCCUUCUUCGUGUUCGGCCAGGGCUGGUCGUCGUGCUGCCCUGACCGGACCACCCAGCUCCUGGAGCUGCCCUGCACCAAGCUGUCGGUGGGCGACGUCUGCAUCUCCCUCACCCUGCGCAACCUGAGGAACGGCUCCCUGAAGAAGGCCCAGUCCCUGGAGCUCCACGCCCAGGUCACGGCCGCCUGCAGCCCCAGCCACGGACAGCUCAAGCCCCUCAAGUCCGGAGGCCCUCGUGGUGGAGGUGCUGGGGGUGACGGUGGUUGUACCAGACAUCGGGGGGAGCGGGAGAACGGGGUCAGCCAGCAGAGGUCGGCGGGGAGCGGCGGGGUUCCAGUCCACACGGAGAACGGGGAACUGAGGAUCGGGGAGAAGGGGCUCCCACCCAAAGGCAACCCGGAGGCCGGCGCCAAACCAGGGGGGCGUAAGCGGCGGUGGUCGGCCCCCGAGGGCCGCAAGGUGGAGAGGACGGAGGAGGAGCCCCCCCUGACACUGCCCAAGCCUUCCUUCAUACCCCAGGAGGUCAAGAUCUGCAUCGAAGGAAGGUCAAACAUAGGCAAGUGAAGCCUCCAGUCGCGGACUGUUCACUAACCAAUUGGUCCGGAGAAACUAACGAAAAGUCAAGGAAGAAUGCAGAAAUAAUGUUCCUUCUUCAAGUUUAAUUCGAUUUUCUUUUCGAUGUGGAAAGCUGUACUGCCACCUAAAUUGACCCCACAUGUUAUCACCUUGAAUUGAGGUAAUGUAGUUAUAACACCGUGUAACAUGUUUGGUGUGACACAAGCAAUCGGUCGCCAUUACUUUGGGUUCCACAAAUACUGGGCAAGGUUUUUAUUUUUGUGAUGUGUGGUCGAUGUUUUGUUGGUGUGCGUAUGUGUGUGUGUGUCUGUGGAGGGGCAUAAUUGGCAUUGCUUGAUAACUCACAGGUCAAAGACUGGCUGAAGAAGUGUGUUGAGGUGGUUACGGAGAAUUUCAAGUUCUUCCUGCCUGUGAUGUAACCUCCCAUGACGCCACAGGCAGGAUGUGUAGAAGAACUGUCAUCGCUGCCUGUUGCCAUGGUCGCAAUGAGUAGAUACAUAAUGUCAACCAGUCCUGAGUCCUGAGUCCUGAGUCCACUUAUGUGUAGGAAUAUGAUUCAAUUACCUGAAUCUCCUUAUCAGAAAUUGAGCAUCAAACAGAGCCGAAAUAGUGGGAAAGAUAUUGGUUUUUGGACGUCCCUAGGUGGAUAAAACCAGACCUGUGAUGUCAUCAAGCAGCGCCAAAGUGCCGCGAGAGAGAAGAAGAGAGAGCGAGAAUUCGAGAACUUCCUUUUUCCUUUUAGUUUGCUGACAGUGGAGUCCUUCAUGUUAUUCUUGAAACUUUAUUUGAAUUCUUUUUUCUUUUUUCUGUGCCUGUCAAUGUCCCCCACUCACUUUGGACCUCCCCUGUCUUGUCAGAUGGGAGGAUAUGAUUUGUGUUUUCGAUGUUUGUCUAAUACCGUAUCAGGGGUUAAUUAGCUAGAUUUUAGGUUAAACUAGGGUUGGGUGUGUGUUAUAAACCUACCGUACCCUAAUACAUACAUUUACAAACACUGGCUUGGCUACGUAACUAUGAGAAUUUAGGAAGAAUAUACGCAGUCCCUGAUAUUUGGUGCAACGUUUUAUGUGUUUCUUCAUUUUGACGGCGAGCAAGAGAAAGACAAAGAGAGAGAAAGCAUGGGUAAGCAAGGAGAGAAUCUUUGAAUGUCAGCUCGGAGGAAAGGGACAGGUUGUGGCACACCUGUCACUAAUAUUCAUGAUUAUUAUUAGUCAUGUUAUCAUGAUGAUUAAUGUAAUAAUAUUGAUUAUUAUUAUUAUUAUUAUGCAGUACUGUACGUUUUAUUUGAUUCUAUUGUCUAUAUUUUUUCCGACUUUUGGAGAAAGUAGCGCUAAUGCGGCAACAGCACUUUGGGAAGGUGAAGGGGUCUUUGGGGAUGGGGGUGAGGGUGGGGGGGGUCACUGGGCUAUGACAGGGAUGGAUGUCACAGAUUAUGGAGCGAGUGCCAGUAAGGAAUGAGAAGGGGUGGAGGAAGAGUGAAAGAAAGAAAAAGUCUGAAAAAGGAAGAAUAGAUUCAAAUGUACAGAUAUGAAACGCUCUCCUCAAAGAAAGCUUCUCAAAGGCUGACAAAGGCUGAAAGGAUUUUCGUCGAGAGCUGCCUUUCGACGUCAAGGAAUUGGAAAGGAUUUCUGGACUGAAUUCGGGGGUUUCAAAUUUAGAACGUGUGUGAAAAGGCCACGGUAGGUGUGUGGAGCAGUGUCGAGGAGACUCAGUGAUGUCGAGAACUUGAGAACAGGUUAGAAGCUCAGGCAAGCCACAGAUUGUUGAAGGGGUGUCAUUUACAUGAUGUAUGUUUGUUGUAAUGUGUUUGUAUGUGUGCGUGUUUGCUCUAUUGUGUGCAUGAAUGCAGGGCUGUGUACGUGCACAGACUCACACACACUGUCGCGCAAACACGGAAAUCCAACAUAUGGACUGAUUCGCUCAAUUGAAAUAUGUGCAGUAGGCCUAUGAACGAGCAAGAACUUUGAUCCAUACGUAUAAUAACUUGUCUUGCACUACACACCUACGAUAGAAAGCAAGAACUCCUCUUAAAGACAUUAGUAGCACACAUGCUAGCGAGGGUCAAGCUCUGUGGCGUGUUUGUGUGGCGUGUGUGUGUGUGCGUGUGUGCGCACGCAUUGGUGUACGAGUGUUUGUAUAUUUGUAUAGGAAAACGUGUAUAUAUACUCAUGAUGCUAUUAUUACAAUGUUCAAUGUCCAGUGUUUCGACUUGGAGUUUCUACUUAAGAGAAUCUUGCAAUUUGCACAUCAGGAGGGAAGGCACCAGGUGACGUGACUUGAGGGCGUCGGGUCACAUCGAGCCCUCCAGUCUCUACAUCCCAGACACUUGAAUGGACGCGAGGCAUCUCUCCUCGCCAGUACCUAGGAUGUAGGGACCAGGGCUCGGAUGUUGGAACGGGGCCUUUGAAUGCACACAGCGGGCUGAAAUCCCAUUUUAUGUAGCAGUUACCUCAACAAGUGUGCUUCGCUGAUUGCCCCCCGCUCUACCGCCCCCCCCCCCACCACCACCACCACCACCACCACCUCCCCUCGCUCCAAACAGCUCUGACCUCGACUUCCCAUUUAAAUCCCCCCCCCCACGCCAUAGCUCACCUGUUUAAACUCGCUUCAAGCUGUGUAAUUGGCCAUGGUUAGCAGGGAGGGCAGCGUAAGGUCGGGUUUUGCCACAGCAGCCAGGGGCGUGGCCUCCAGCACGCACACCUGUUGAGCUCUCUGAUUGGCCACGAUUAUUAGGUGUAUGUAGGUUGGGAGAAAUGCGUCAGGAGUUGUAAGGUUUAAGAUGUCUCUAAGCAUGUUAUUUUAACACAUAUUGACAUAAAUUAGAAUACAGGAUAGGAGAUAAUAUGUUAGGAACGACAGGGGGAUAUGAGGUCACCAUGGUGACGGCUGGAGUGUGAUCAAACGGAUGGAUGGAUGGAUAGACGGAUGUGUGUUGGUGGUGGGUGAGCGAGUACACCCGUUAAAAGAUUUGAAAAUGCUUUAUUUUUUAUAAUAAAACAGGGUUUUUCAGAUCAACACCACGACAGUGCAUUUUGAUUUCUUAAUUUUGACCACAUUGUUCUAUCAUGUGUGCUCUACUGUCUACAUCUGUGUGUAUGCCUGAAUGCCUACAACCAUUAUCAUGUUUGUAUUUGUGUGCAUGUAUACCUGUAUGUAUGUGUACUUUAUUUUAACUUACCCUGCCUAUAGCUAAAAAAAACUAAACACACAUCUAGACCAUUCAACCCUCAAAACCUUUCAGGUAAAACUGCAUGGAAUCAAUGUGCAGUCUGCUCCUUAUAGCAAUAGUACGAAAACAAAUCUUCUUUUCAGCCUUUAUCUACGGAAAAGAUCCUAGUCAUUCAUGGACAUAGAGAACUUCAACUUGCCUCCAGGAGAACGUAGGUUGAGUUAUAUGGGAUCUGUAGUUCUAUUGAGAAGACCUUUACUCUUAUACCUCUUUCAGAUAGCUAAGAAUGGAUGGCCGGGCUUGACACAGAAAUCAUUCCUUUGAAAAGCGCUCUGCAAUAAACUAGUUCAUAAUCCUCAAGUAUUUUACCAAAAAAAUAGACGCUUACACACAUACACACAUUGACUUACACACUGUCUCUGUUCAGCGUACUGAAUACAUAACCAACCUCCUGGGGUAAUUUGCAGGGGAGGACUGCAUUAGCACGCUGAGCUAAAGCCCUUGGAGUCCUGAGGUAGCAGAGGUGGUUUAUCAACACUUCAGACCACCUCAGUUGCACAAUCCUGCCCCGAGAGAGAUGUCCUGCAGUUGCACAAUGGGUUGCCAAAUUCUUCAGGGAGAUUGUCGUUUAUGCAAGUACAGAACAUCAAACCCAAUAACCUCACCGUUCGUAGACCAGGGUCAAGAAAACUGGAUUUUUACCUUAUUUCAGGUUAGUUUAAUAUAGGUUUCACAGUGCGCCAGGCAGGGUGAAUACUUUCGGUUAUAGCCCAGGGUUUCUGUUAUUUAAAUCAAGUGCACCCUAACUCAUACAAGGUUUCACCGUUGACAGGUCUGUUCAGUUGCCAUGACACCAGUAGUGACCUCCUCCACAGUUAGCACAUACAUGAUGAUUGCCAGCAACAGCCUCAUCCCUCUGGGGCUCGGCAGCCUCAUCCCCCUGGGGCUCGGCAGCCUCAUCCCCCUGGGGCUCGGCAGCCUCAUCCCCCUGGGGCUCGGCAGCCUCAUCCCCCUGGGGCUCGGCAGCCUCAUCCCCCUGGGGCUCGGCAGCCUCAUCCCCCUGGGGCUCGGCAGCUCAUUCACCCUCUGCAACCGUGAGCUACCUUCAAUGGUCCUGCCCUACCUGUGCAACUGCAAGUUCAUUCAUCCAUCUGCAUUGUCCUUUAUUGUCCUUAGAGGACACAAAGCAUAUCCAAAGCGACUGACAAUAUUUACAUGUGUCUCAAGUGAGUGAAUCUUCACGUCCACUAGCAUUGUCAGUAGAAGCCUUCUACUGUAUUACAAAAAGAAGUUACUUCAGUAGUGUUGAAAUUAGAAACUGCAACAGAGGAGAAUCCUGGGUGUCAGUCUGUCGGCCUAUCCAGCAUGCGCUCUGUACAGGCCAAACAAAACAAUAUGCCAGUUCCUAUUUUGAAAAAUGCAUGAGAACUAGAAGUUAUUCAAACCCACACGCACUUAUUGUCUGUCAAGAUGUCCAGCCUCGGCGAUGUGCUGGAUGGGAAACAUCUCAGGACGCAGUGUGUGUGUGUGUGUGACAUGGCUGAUACGCGCCAUGGUAACACAGCAGUUGUCCUUGACGAGACGCCAUGCCGACAUGAAGUGUUGCAAUAACAUGGUAGGACUUGAAGGUUGGUGAUUGGGAAGAGUCUACAUUUUAGACUCCUUUCAUUCACUGUAUUUUCUGUAGGUAGUCCCGGUUUACUCUCGAAACCUCUGAACACCUUGAUGUGCAAUACUUUGUUCCCCUUCCCUCCCUUCUUUUGUGCCAGUGUGUGUAGCAUGACCCGCUUAUCUUUGGGUUGUUUUUUGGUGUGUGUGGGGAUGUGUGUGUGGGGCUGUGUGUGUGUGGGGAUGUGUGUGUGUGGGGAUAUGUGCGUGUCAGUUCUUACUACUGUGUCUAUUUCCAACCAACAAUACCACAAUGAAACAGCUCACUAGGGAUAACAGGAUAGCCUGCUGUUUUGGCAGUGCACAGUGCAACAUGCAAGACUGACCAUACCGACGUGCGUGUGUGGUCGAGUCCUUGAUAAAGCCCACGGCUUUGUGUUGGUCCGAGUGUCGGCGCGGGGUGCAUUUUUGUUCUCUAUCUGAUCCUCCUGGAUGAGUGAGAGGACUGUUGACGUGGGCUCCAUUGUUCAAAGUAUCGCAGAAGGAAGAACAGUUAGAAAGGCUAUUAAUGUUCCCUGGCUGAAAAAGUGGAGUAAGUGGACAUUCCUCGGAUGGUGUUCAUUGUGUUGAGGAGAUUAGCCUUAAGAUGGAAGGUGACAUCAGAUGUUGUGGUAUGUUGGGUCUGGGUUGGAGUCUGAGCCUGGAUUGGCUAAACCUGUCCAUGUAUUCAAUUCUGAAGGAGCCAAGGCAAUGUGGGGACACUGCUCUGUUAGAUAAGAGACGUCGACUCGAGUCACCGCACACGGAGGAAUCGUACUGCGAUUGCGCUCCUGGGUCUUAGCCGUGUUUUACAUAUGUAUUUCUCGUCGCGAGUGAGGGUGUGUAUGCGUGUCUCUGUGGUUCGGAGCUUACGUGUAUGUGCUGUUAUGUAUGUUUGUGGUUGUGCUUUUUCCUCAUUGUGUUGUCUGCGAUCCAUGGCCCUGACCCUCAAAGACUGGGGUCAGAGUUGUGUUAAUAAACAAGGGAGGAAGAAGCUAUUGAACCUCAUGUACAUGUCGGGACCACUUUUUGAAAUAAAACCCAAUCAAUAAAGACAAUGUAAGUUGUCUAAAGUACGCAGACUUGAUACUGUUUCAGCACUUUCAAAUCCUAGAAAUGGCUUGGUCUUACCCCCUCGUUUUAGGCCGAGAGUCUUUCAUGGUUAAAACAUUCAUUCAAUACAGACGGACAACGUGAAGCUGAGAGAGGAAGAGAGAGGAGGAGAUAGGUCGGCAGGAGAUGAAUAAAUCGUUGGGAUGUUUGUCUUUUUGUUUUCCUUUUUCUCUUCUUCUUUUUUGAUUGCACAUCCUCUCAUCUUCUGUGCCUGCUGUGUCUGGUCCCCCCUGCCUAGCUCCCCUACGCGUUCUUGGGUCCUACGGGUGGAUGUUGCUGGGUGGGUGACUGGUGACUCACAGUCAGGAGUGUCUCUUUUCAUGGAUUCAGACCCUUGUUUAUGUUGUGUUCCCGUCCUGCAAAAGACCUAACCUCGGGGAACGUUAAGAAAGUAGGAUGAAGGUUGUCUUUGUGGCCGGUGGGAUACAUCUGUUGCACCAAUGUAGGUGCAACUUUGAUAGACAAAAAGGUGGCCAACGUUAACCCGACAGUUUAUUAUCGUCUGGGUUGCUUGCUUUACAUUAUCUUUAGAAAUAGGAGCUUUUCUGUGAAUUUAUCUCCUGUGUAGCACUGUCAGGCAAUAUGAGCCUGUUCAGAGAAUGUGUCAUUGUGUUGAGUUUUGUGACAAGCUUUCUCAUUUCUCAUUGGAGCACUUUUUUUAUUGGCUUAUCUACUUGCACAGUUGACAAAUUAAAUGAAUGUUGAGUUUCAUCGUUUUGACUAGAAAACUAUGUGUUCUUGUUCGUUUACUUAAAUCUUUGGAUGUUUGAUUUUUUGGGCACUUUUUGUUUAAUUUUUUUGGCACUUUUUGUUUUAAUUUUUUGGCACUUUUUGUUUUCAUGUUAGAAACCGAAUAGAUUCAAUCAGGAUUGUUUUGUUCAAACUUGACUGUUGUUUGACGUCUUGUCAAUGUCCAAACCGCUGGAUAACCAACUCAGGCAGAAAAAUAAAAACUUCAAAAAGCCCACACAAUGGUUUAGUUUCACCACAAAUGAUAUUGGUGUGAUAUUGGUAUGUUUUAUUAUUAUUAUUACUAUUAAUACAAUUAUUCUUAUUAUUAUGAUACUGGAGAUGGAUGUGUGUAUUGUGUUCACUGUAUAGCCGGAAGUACCAUCGUAUGCUCCGUGAUCACCCCCCCCCCCCCCCAACUUCCCUUUGACCACACCCACUGACCCAAGGCAGUGACUUCUCUCUCAUGUGAUUCGUUGAGACCUGCUGCAUACCCACAAAACUCAGCCACUGGGCAAGAAUUUCCGAGGCUGGCUGUCAGACUGGACAGUUGGCGCAGCAGCCAGACGUGUUCCGGACAAACACGGAUUACUGUGGCCUGUAGGAGGUCACAACGCGGUCACAGAGGGCAUGACACACUGGGGAGUGGGAUGUGGACGGCCUUGAAAGGCCAAGGAAGUUCCUAACAGACUUUGUGUACAGGUGUGGUACGCAACAACCUCAGUGUCUCAGCAAACCCUUGUCUAUAGCAAUCAAGAACCCCUGUGCAGUGUUGGUGCUGCAUUUGACAGCCAUAAGGACACUUCUUUUGAAAACCCACUAACAUAUCUUCAAACCGUGUCUUGAUUCUACAUACUGUAUGUUGCCAAUCGAUGCUCUACAAAAUGUUAUAUUUCUGUAAUAUAUCUUUCACACCAAACCUCUUACACGCAUCCAACUCUUUGGUCAAGGAAUUUUCAGAAAAUCCCACCAUAAAGAAAAGUUGAAUAGUUUAUGCAUCGUUUUGCCACAGAGACAGGACUUGUUUUAAGGAGUUCAGAGGUACCAAUGUUUGCAUUUGUAUGGCUGUGACCCCCAUCAGAAGCCCACUGUAGUGGCUAACAGGUGGAAGGACACCACACUACUCCCUACACAAGGUGACAGAGGAGACAGAACAUCCUAAGAGCACUAUCAUUGGUUGGAGUAGUCGACUGUUGUGUCAUAACAACUGUGUUGUGCACCCAAUUCCAGCAUUGUUUUUUUGUUUUUUCUUCUUUUUUUUCCUCAAACAGAUUGUAAUAUUAGGAUACAGGAAGCCAUGGUCAUUCCAAAGGAAGGGGUUGGUAGAACCUGGGGAAGUGGCAGUAUUCCAAAAUAAGCUGAGCUGAAGCUGCCUGGAAGUCGGUUCGUGUGUUUGGUUGGAGGGUUUUGGUGGAAGCUAAACUAAGGCCCAUACACAGGUGUUGCAGUUAGUUGUCAGAAUGAGAUUAAGUCUUCCAUGGAAAAUGGAAGUUAAUGAUGAUUUUGUGUGUGAACAGUUUCCUCAACCCAGAGUAGGCCUCAGAGCUGUGGUGGAGAACCAUGGGUAGGGUAGGUCACAGACAGGAGGGCCAGGUUUGCGCUGCCCCUCUUGUCUCUUAGGAUUAGCGGGCUGGGAGACUAGAACCGGGAUUACAAGUAUCUUCAAGCUAACAAGAAACUCUUGGAAGUAGGGAUGAGUGCACCUUAUCUAGUAAAUGGCAAAUCCAUCGAAGUUGAGACAUACACGGGCCUAGGAAGAAAAUGGUGGACGGUUCAUUUUUCGUUUUGGUUUCCAUAUGCGUGUCUGUAAUUUGUGUAAAAUAUUGUACUUGCACUAGCUUUUUAUACAAAAAACACGAAAGACAAGAAAAUGAACGAUGAAAAAGGUGAAAUCUAUUUUCUAAUCGUGGUGUGUCUGUUUGUAGGAUACACUCCUCUGCGUUCCUUUGGAUUUUUUCUGGUUCCUUUCUUUAAUGGUGCUUGCAGGUUUUCUAGUUAGAAUUGAUUUCAUUAUUAUGACUAAUUCAACAAUAUUUGAUUCAGGUUGUGAACAAAUUUGUAAAAAAAAAAAAAAGAAUAAGAAAUUGUCUGUAUACCAGUACAAGUUUAUUGUUUCCGUAUACAUGUACUAAUAAAACAACCGUGCCAAUA